AUGGCCUCUACCUUUUCCGAAUACCAGGCUCCUAUACGCGCAGAGAGAUUCCACUCCCUUGACUAUCUUGGGUGUGGCCCUCACGGGCGAGUAUAUAAGGCUUACGAUGAGAAGAUGGAUUCGGUCGUAGCCGUCAAGAGGCUAGACAUAUCUUCGUCUGCCCAAGAAGACCAGCUCAAACGAGAAAUUAUUUAUUUCAAGAGGAUUAGACACCGCAACCUCAUACCCAUCCACUACGCACUCGUCCGUCCAGGAAUGGCUUUGCUCGUCAUGCCCAUCAAACAAUGCAACCUCUCCGCUCUCAUUCCUAUGCCCUACGAGAUGAAAGACAAAACUUCAACUUUCUACAGCCUGACGAUUCAGAUGCUCUCUGCACUCACGUACCUCCAAGAGGAAGGCAUAUCCCACCGAAACAUCAAGCCCACUAAUAUCCUUGUGCAGACCACUCAGCAAGGCUACGGCUUCUAUCUCACAGACUUUGCACUCACUUAUCCCGAGACCGGCCGUGUCGAUUAUCUCUAUAGUGCCCCUGAGACGCACUCAGAUAUCUAUCCCGUCACGUGCAAGCAAGACGUCUGGUCUCUCUUCGUGACGCUGGCCAUUGCCAGCGGACGAAUUUCCGAGCUCGAGAUGGGCCGCAAAAGCCCUCUAGAAAUGCUCCAAACCCUCAUGGACACAGGCUUUAUGAUGCCUGAGGUGGAGGGCAUGUCGCGGUAUAAUCCCACCCAGAGAGCCUCCGCCUCUGUCAUGUUCCACCGGCUGAGGCCGAAAGAGAAGCUAAACUAUUACGGCGGCGUAGACUAUCCUGAUGUCAGCACUGAAUAUUUUGGCUUAUAUGGAAGCGGCCGGCUGGAGACAGAGCCGCUGGUUCUUGUCGGGCCUAGAGCAGAUCUUCGCGGACUGGAUGGGCCUUUGGGGCUAUCACCAUCAAAUGUUAUCCAAAGGCCAUCUGUAUCUGUGCCGUUGGCACAACCCCUUCCA